AUGGAAUCCCAAGUUCAUGACAUGGAAUUGAGCCUGGAUUUGUCAAAUAAUAGUUUGAAAGGACAGGUGCCCGAUUUUCUGGCUGAUCUACCAAGCUUGAAAGUCCUGAAUUUGUCAAGAAACCAGUUCUCAGGACCACUUCCGCAAAAACUCCUUGACAAGGCCAAGAAUGGGCUGGAAUUAAGAGCUGACGGCUAUACUGUUGGAACCUCAAAUUCUUGUCAAUCGGGCCGGUGUAAAGAGAAGAAAUCAAAGAAGUUUGUAGUUCCACUCGUUGUCUCACUUUCCGUAUCCUUGACCUUCUUGGCUGUCUUAAUUGUUCUCUGGAGAUUGAGAAGGGGAAAACACCCAGGUCGAAAGUUGGGUGGCAUAUCCAACAGAAAAGAUGGGUUCUUGGAGACAAAAAACAUACAAUUUACGUACUCUGAUCUCUUGAAGAUCACAAACAAUUUCCAGAGGGUUCUUGGAAAAGGAGGCUUUGGUACAGUCUACCAUGGUCUUGCUAAUGGUCAACAAGUUGCUGUAAAGUUGCUUUCCCAGUCAUCUGCCCAAGGGUACAACGAAUUUCAGACAGAGGCUGAGCUUCUGACGAGGGUUCAUCACCGUAAUUUGACAUGUUUGGUUGGGUAUUGCUAUGAAGACACUCAUAUGGCGCUUGUCUACGAGUACAUGGCCAAUGGAAACCUGAGAGAGCUUCUUUCAGUUAAGGAUGACAAUAAUGUCUUGAGCUGGGCUGAGAGACUUCAAAUUGCAUUGGAUGCAGCACAAGGACUGGACUAUUUGCAUAAUGGUUGCAAGCCCUCAAUCAUUCACAGAGACAUAAAAUCUACCAACAUCUUAUUAAACGAAAAAUUUGAGGCCAAGCUGGCUGAUUUUGGACUAUCUAGAGUCUUUACCAUUGAUGACGGCUCCUUUGUGUCCACUAGAGUUGUCGGGACCCCUGGAUACGUUGAUCCCGAGUACUAUGAAAAACAGAGGUUGCAUGAGAAAAGUGACAUUUAUAGCUUGGGAAUAGUCAUCCUAGAGCUGAUAACAGGCAGGCCAGUAAUCAUAGGGACUGAGGACAAGCGCCACAUAUUGCAGUGGGCUAAUUUUUUGCUAGCAACGGGGGAUAUCGGAAGUAUUGUUGAUCCCAAAUUGAAGGGGAUGUACGAGAUUAACUCUGCAUGGAAAGCUUUAGAAGUAGCAAUGGCAUGUGCCUCUCCCACUUCUUACAGAAGACCAAACAUGGCUCACGUUUUAGCAGAGUUGACAGAAUGUUUGGCAGCGGAGAAAGCUCGAACCGAAGGCUUGGAAGAUACAGGUUCACAGGAUUUGCUUGAAGUCAACCCGGGCGUUUUAGACGUUGAGCUUGGACCCAGGUAGAACCAUCAGACCCAUCACACAAAUGUCGGGAUUUUGCAGCCAAACAGUUCUUCUGGGCUCGGGAAGAAAUCAGGCACGAUUCCAGGCGUACCAAAUUAAGAGCUUCAACAACACCUACACAAGUUAAAAUUUUAUUACUAAGAUUUUUAAACCGAUGUUCAUUUCGAUGAGGAAAUGUUUUUGCAU